GGCGUUAUCUCUAGUUGCUGAGGUUAUCUAAUACCAAUCACCAUGGGAAUAAAGGAUAGCUUCAUGGGAGCAUCUGUGUUGAUGAAGGUGUGCUUCCUGGUGCUGCUGGUGGCCCAGGUGUGCAACUACAUCGCCUUCACCAUCCCGCAGUGGGGGAAGAGGUACACGGCUCCGGUUGGAGACUUCUUCGUUGGGUAUGGUCUGUGGAGGUUGUGUAGUAACUCAGAACUCCCCUCAGCGUGUGGUCAGUUGGAUGGAACCAGACUAGACUGGUACGCCGCUGUGCAGGCUAUGUCUGUGUUUGGCUUUGUCGGAAUCAACGUUGCGUUCCUUGUGGUGACUCUUCAGAUAUUUUCUUCCAUGUGCAAAGGUGUCAGUGACCUCGGCUUCUGGAACGCCCUCUGUUGCUUUCUAACUGGUGCGUGUUACCUGGUUGCUGUGAUUAUCUUCGGAACGAACUUUGACGACGGCUUCUUCAGCUACGUCGGCGGAGGGAUCUUGCGGGAGGGGGAGUUCGGCUUCAGUUUCGGAUUUGCCAUUGUGGCGCUGAUCUUAGAGAUUGUGGCGGGAGUUCUUAUCUUGCUGGACGGAAAGGGCGUCACUGUGACGUCACCGUCGUAAACAUGGAGCAGUCAUGGCAUUUCUCCUACAUAGACACCACUGCGUAUACAUGUAUAUUUAUCUUUGUCACUUCUGGUGUGAGUUUCUUAAACGCUGUACAAGUAUUUAUAUCUAAAUAAGUGUUUUUCUUAUGUCUGUACUUCUAUUUUUGUAGUUGUUAUGGCGUUGUGUUUUAUGAACAUAAUAUAGCAUCCUAUAGGAUUGAGUUUGCGCCAGUCUAGGUCCAGAUGUUCUUUUGUCGACUGACAUUGAAAUAAUGUCUGUGUUUACUUCAGGUAAUUAUUAUGGUAUAUAAAGUGUAUCAGAGGAGGCGUAUGAAUGACAUAAACAUAUUUGCUCGGACUGCCUGUUAUUUCUGUAUUUGGCGUCCGGAAAGGACCGUGCUUGUUCUCUGAAGGAAGAGUUAUCAGGAUAAUUACAGGUGCGCUCUGGACAGGGAGGUACCUUCUUCGUAGGGAGGAGUCUAUGUGAUCUUAGAGGCGGUGGGGUAGUCUUAUGGUUAAAGCAACCGCCCGUCACGCCCGUUUGAUUCCCCACAUGGGUGCAAUAUGUGAAGCCCAUUUCUGAUAUUGCUGGAAUAUUGCUAAAACACACUUACUCACUCACUGUGUGAUCAGAACAAUUACACCUGUGAUAUGGACAGAAUAUAGAUGUCUAUAUUUUGAAAACAGUGACAGGCGUCUGGGAGAGUUCAGUCUGUGGCCGGUGACAGGCGCUAUCUGGAAAGUAGAGUAAAGCCUCAGCAUAGCGAGGGUAACCAGCACUGGGGUUAAUGUACCCUCAAGACAAGAAAUAUAUCAAGAUAUUUAUGUCAUUAUAAUGAAAGUUGAUUGUAUUAAGAGCGGUAAACCACAGUGACAUCCCCGCUGACCUUAUCAUGCGACAUAGUGGAAAGCACUUGUUCAACAACGACUGUUUUGAAAAGGCCCCAAAGACAUUCUUUUUUUCUAAAGCCUACAAUUGACUUUUUCCCUAACUCUUAUUCUAUAAAUAGUUUUAAUGCGCCAUGAACAUU